UCUCAUUUGCUCCGGGCCCCUGUCAGUGUUCGCCACGAUUUCGCCGUUGUUAUUGCUGUAGUUGUGUUUGAGAAAUGUUGCAGUUGUUCUCGGAAUUAUUGUGUAGUGCUGUUGUUUAUCGUUGCGAAGCCUGAACGACGCAGGAAUACUUUACGUACGCGAGCUAUCGAUAAGGUGAGCCUCGUGGCGACUUGUGGAAUCUGCGUGCGCAGCGGAUUCCAAUCGCACGCGCCUAUUCCAUUUCAACCGAACAGAAUUGUGUGCUCAGCUUCACCAUCCUACGCAAAAUGGCUUAAAGCGGCGCCAUUUUGAUUAAGUUGAUUGUCACACUCGUUGUACACCUGUGAUAAGCGGUGUGGGAAGCAAAACGGGUGCACUGGUAUCAGGUGUUCGGUGGCUCGGGAUAGCCCUGCUGCUCGUUGUAUUCGGAACAGCCCUGCGGAUUAGGCCAGAGUAAUGUGGAAGUGUCACAAAUGUGGCAAACCGGUCUUUUUCGCGGAACGUAAACAGUCGCUCGGCUAUGAUUGGCAUCCCGAAUGUUUGCGGUGCGAAGAGUGUGGCAAGCGGCUAAAUCCGGGCCAGCACGCCGAGCAUAAAGGAGUACCUUAUUGCCAUGUGCCAUGCUAUGGGGCCCUCUUUGGCCCUCAGUUAUUCGGUCACGGUACACGCGUUGAGUCUCAUAAGAGUUAUGGUCAGCCCGAUCAGAAAAAACAGGCAGCUCUGCGCUCACCGGCUGGGCCUUCGGUACCACGAAAUCAUCUGGAGUCAAGACUACGUAGCUACAACCAAUUCCAUACGAACAAAAGUCUGGAGAUACGGAGUCGCGAGGUGAACGGCCGAUUAGUGCUCGAAGGUGCGCUGCGCAUCUAUUGGGGCGUACAGGGUAUGAUCCACUUAAAAGAGGAUGACGACCAGCGUACUGUCGUGACUGUGCGAAAGAGAAACUCCUAUCGCCAGAGCAAUUCUGUAUCAUUGGUGGACGAGAAAGAAAACAUAUUCCCAGUCGCCACGACGACGCCACUGUCUGCUAACAACGAACGUGCAACAACGGUCGCGGAGACGAACAGCUCAUGUAAUUAUACCGAGCCUGAUAGCACCAACGAUACAACGACCAUCUCUGAGAGCAUUUCGUACGACACAUUGAGCCUUUCUUCCGAAUUAAUUUCAAUCGAUUCAAAGCCCAAUUCGGGCGAGUCUUCGAAGGAAGCCUCUCCAUGUCAUGGCGCGAACAACAAGUUUAUCACACUACCCUCCAAGCUUUCCGAGGUUAAGCAGCUCACAUGGGAUGAGUUCGAUGAUUUGCUGCAAGUGGAGCGGCGUAUGGAUGAUAGCGAAAAGCUGUAUCGUACGAUGCCGUCCCCAAUGCCGGCACGUACCGCUGAUAUGGAAUCUGAAGCAGAGGCUAGCUUUGCGAGUGAAAGUGUAACCACUGAUACAAUCACAGACUACAAGACAUUAACGCCAAAUGUAGCCGAUUCCGGCGAUAGCAGCGGUGGGUCAGUGACACUGGCAACAAACGAAUCUCGGUCGGCAGUGAAUGAUGUCGAAACCAGGACUGAUGUAACGACGACUUCCAAUGAAGGAGAGGACAACUUCCAGACGCCGGAAGCAACGCUACGGUCACAUGAUUUCGAAGCUUUCAAGAGACAGAUCAAUCGCGAAUUCAUGGAUGGCACGGCCGAUUUGAAAACUACCCACGGCACAUUAAAACAUAAUCAACCAAUAGACCCAGCACGCAUUAAUGAUUCCCUGAAGUUAUACAACGAUGGUGUGAUGCAUUGUAGCCUUUCUGAUGAACAGGUUCGGAAUGAUAAUUCUCCUGUUGGUAACGCAGCCUGCAGCAGUUCGUCCAUUGCCAGGAGAGAAAAUCUGUCUGUGGAUCGAUCUAAACGAUAUAUAGAAAAUACACCACAACUAAAAGUUCCAAUUCCUUCGCUGUCGGAGGCUGGUUCAUCCGAUGGUGGUGUAACUGCCGGUAGCGAAGCCUUUAGUACCUCUCCUGUAACCACUGACACAGACUCAUGGACCGCUGAUCGCGGUUUAUUGCGUUCUAGGUCAGCUGGACUGCAAUAUUCCGGCAACAGUUUCGUUGAUAGCGACGAUGAUGACGUUAGAUGUCAGCGUGACGAUGAUGAAAAAGAUACUGACGAAUCCAUUGGUGUUGGUUCGGAAACUGUGAAACCGUCUGUUCGAACGACCAAUUCAAUUCGCAUACGGAUGGAUUGUUACGACGAGCUGGAAAGCUGUGUCGCUCGUUCAACCAUACCAUCCGUGACAUCAACAGUGUCGUCAGAGUACAGUGCCACGAUCAAUGACCACGCCGUUACCGACGAUGGUGUUGUGUUGCGCAAACCACCUAAAACGGGAUCAACUGCAAUCAAGCGCCGAUCAGGCAACAGAAGAUCCAGGACGAAGCUGAAGCGUCGUUGUUCAAUCAAUGGCCACUUCUAUAAUCGAGAAACGUCAUUCUUCACUCCACCAUAUGGUUCACAGAUGAAUGUCUGGGUCUCCUCAUUGGUGAGCACGCAAGAGGUUAUAAAUUUACUGUUGGAAAAGUAUAAAGUUGAAUCAAAGGCGGAAAAUUUUGCACUGUUUAUUGUGCGAGAUAAUGGCGAGCAAAAAAAGCUUCGGGACGACGAUUAUCCUCUUGUGACGCGCGUGGUACUCGGACCACACGAGGACAUCGCUCGCAUAUUUCUGAUGGAUGGGCAGCAAACUCAAGAAAUAAGCAGCGAAGUGGCUCAGUUUUUGAAUCUCUCCAUACCAGAAUGUAGAGCUAUUCUCGACCGCUAUCACGAAGAAGAGCAGCGAGAAUUGCACCGGAUACGCUUUAAGUAUGCUGAGUUGCGGAAGCGUAUUAAUCAGCGAAUGGAGUCAUUGAAAGUACGGUUGUAGAUAAAUUUGUAAACAAAAUACUGGCAAGUUAGUAGGAACAUAGUUUCUUCAGGAAGUAUUUUCGCUUCACGAUAAAAAAUAAAUACUGCGUUAGCCCCCCUUGAUUAACGUAUACAUUAGUUAGUCAAGCCAAUCAAUCAGCUAAUAAACAUGCGUACAAAACUGUUGUAUUUCUCA